AUGGAGCCCGUCAGCCGUCAGUAUAUUAGUGGUCCGGGGCGGCCUCGGCGUGUUAUCGAUCGCCUCCAGUCUAUAUUUAGCGAUCGACCCAUCUGCCUCUAUACCUACAUGAAAGUUUCAGAGGCGCGCGAUUGGCGAGGCGGCUGUGACGUCACUACGAGCCCGGCUCCAAUGAGGCUCGCAGGCUCUGCGCAUGGCCCUCAUCCUCCCGGCCGGUUCAGCUGCCAGUCUCAGUCUGGGCUCGCGGGACCUGGUGUGCCAAGCUCGGCCCGAUACAGCACAAGUCGGGGCGGAGUCCCCGGCUCGACCGUGGAGGCCGAGGGGGCAGCCCUGCUCGGGCGGCUGCAGGGCGCGCUGCGUGGAGGCGCCGCAGCCGCUUCACCCUCACGAGUCGCCAGCUCCAUCAGGGGCUUCAUCACCAACAAGGUCGGCUCGCUCCAGCUGAGAGACACAGUUUGCCGUCUGUUGGCUGGUAUCUCCUUCUCCCGCGGGACCGCUCGUCCCUUUGAAAUUACCUCACCCUCGUUCACCUGCCCUUUGAAGACAGCGACUGUACACCCGCAGGUUCCGAAGUCCCAUUCGAGGGUUGCGGCGAGUGGCAAGGCGUGUCCCAUGAUAAGUGAAGCGAGCGACGAUACCAUGCUCCACAGCCUCUUGAAAUAA